CCAAUACGAUCACAACAACAUCCAUGAUGCUGCUCGGCACUGCGCUUGCGUACAGACAAGACAGCUGAUAACUCAUCUAUUAUGCUACUUGGCUAAAUAAAAAUCUUCGAGAAAUCCGCCGGAGCCACCGCGGGACCGCCGGAGGACCAAGACGCCGAGUGCAGAGUGUGUGAGAGCGGGAGCAGCGGGGUCGUGCGAUGGGAGUUUGCCUCAUCGGGGGACACGUUGAACUGAAGUGCCAUCACCUGCACCUGAACUGAACACACACACCUGUGUGCACACACACUUGCCCUCAGCCCACAGAGGGAAUCCUUUUUUUCAUCUUCAGGUCAGACGCCACUGUCCCACGGUGUAUCGCUGCGUCACCGUCGUCCACAAUGUCGGACGCCCCCGAGGCUGCGCCACCCAGCCCCCCUGCUCUCACCAACCCGCCUCCCCCUGAGGUCACCAACCCCACCAAACCGGGGAGGAAAACCAACCAGCUGCAGUACAUGCAGAAUGUGGUGGUGAAGACGCUGUGGAAGCAUCAGUUUGCUUGGCCCUUCUACCAGCCCGUGGAUGCCAUCAAAUUGUGUCUACACGAUUACCACAAGGUGAUCAAGAACCCGAUGGACAUGGGAACCAUUAAAAAGCGUUUGGAGAACAAUUAUUACUGGAGCGCCAGUGAGGCCAUGCAAGACUUCAACACCAUGUUCACUAACUGUUACAUCUACAACAAGCCCACAGAUGAUAUCGUCCUCAUGGCUCAGGCUUUAGAGAAGAUCUUCCUGCAGAAAGUUGCUCAGAUGCCUCAAGAAGAAGUCGCUCUGCUGCCCCCAGCUCCCAAAGGCAAGAACAAGAGCAAACAGCCGGCUGCCACCACAGGUGAGACUACCACAGUGAGUCAGCAGGCUGAGUCUUCAGCCUCCCCUCCCCCCUCAUACCCCUCCCCGUCUCCCUCUCAGACACCUGUAAUCUCAACCACACCCACACCUGUCCAGACCACGCCCCCUGUAUCUGCACCGCAGCCUCCUGCAAACAUGAUGCCAUCUGCCCAACCUGUCGUUAAGAAGAAAGGUGUGAAGAGGAAAGCCGACACCACCACUCCGACCACGUCAGCCAUCGCUGCUGGCCGCGCCGACUCUCCGUCCGCUCAGGAUGCCAAACCGGCCAAGCUUGCCUCAUCACGGCGUGAAGCUGCCGCCCGCCCCACCAAGACUCGGCGGGAGACCGGAGACGAGAUGGCAGGGGGCGAGGUGGGAGCCGGAGGCGUUGGCGCCGGGGGGAGGAAGGGCGGUAAGCUGGGUGAGCAAAUGAAACACUGCGACGCCAUCCUGAAGGAGAUGCUCUCGAAGAAGCACGCUGCCUACGCCUGGCCCUUCUACAAGCCCGUGGAUGCAGAGGCGCUGGAGCUGCAUGACUACCAUGACAUCAUCAAACACCCCAUGGACCUCAGCACCAUCCGGAAAAAGAUGGAUAAAGGCGAGUACAGCGACCCUCAGAGUUUCGCCACUGAUGUCAGGUUAAUGUUCUCCAACUGUUACAAGUACAACCCCCCAGACCACGAGGUGGUGGCCAUGGCCCGCAAACUGCAGGACGUGUUUGAAAUGCGUUUCGCUAAAAUCCCCGACGAGGGCCUGGAGGCGUCGGUCCCGACCACGACCCCAGUGGUCAGUAAAAGCACCGCCUCCUCCGACAGCAGCAACAACUCCUCCUCUGACGAAUCGUCUGACUCUGAGGAGGAGCGGGCCACGCGAUUGGCUGAGCUACAGGAGCAGUUGAAGGCGGUGCACGAGCAGCUGGCCGUCCUGUCCCAGGCUCCGGUCAGCAAGCCAAAGAAGAAGAAAGAGAAGAAAGACAAGGAGAAGAAGAAAGAGAAGGAGAAAGAUAAGGGAAACAAGGGCAAGAUAGAGGAAGAGAAGAAGCCAAAGGCCGCUGCACAGCAGCCCAAACCAGCCAAUCAGAAGAAGGCCCCAGCCAGAAAAGCCAACAGCACGGUGACAGCCACCAGGCAACCCAAGAAAGGGAGUAAGACAUCGGGCAGCGGCUCAGCCAACGGUGACGACGGCGAGGAGUCAUCACUGCCGAUGUCAUACGAUGAGAAGCGGCAGCUGAGUCUGGACAUCAACCGGCUGCCAGGAGAGAAGCUGGGCCGCGUCGUCCACAUCAUUCAGACCAGAGAGCCGUCGCUGAGGGACUCCAACCCCGACGAGAUCGAGAUUGACUUUGAGACGCUCAAACCCUCCACACUCCGAGAGCUGGAGCGCUAUGUCAAGUCCUGCCUGCAGAAGAAGCAGAGGAAGCUUCUGCAGAAGGCAGCCGGAGGCGGGGCCACAGGAGGUGGGGCUAGUCGUUUGAGUGGCAGCUCCUCUUCCUCCUCUGAUGACAGCUCCUCGACAGGAACCUCCUCAUCCUCCGACACAGACUGAACACACACACACUCUCUCUCUCUCUCACACACACGCAGACACACACAGGUUACUGAACACAGAAACAAACACACAUGUGAACCUCCAUCCUGAACAAACACAAAGACGGAGAUACACACUCUGAACUUGUUACACGUUUAAACACACACACAAACACACACACAGAGACUGGAUGUAAAUAGGCUGACCUGUUUUUUUUUUUUUAUUAUUAUUAUUUUUAGCUCCUAGUGUUUAUUUUGUUUUUAUUUUUUCCCUACUGGAGGACUGCAGACAGAAGAGGAGAAGAAGAAGAAAGCGGCGGCUUCUCAUUGACAACAACAAUGUGGGCGGAGCUUGGGAAAGUGACAGCAGCCCGUUCAUCUGGGAGUCGUACUGAUCUGUGGACAGAAAUAAAAUCGAGCGUCUCGGCUCAUUUGCGUUCUUCUUCUUCUUCUUCUUUGUAAACGGCUGGCGGUGACCCCUGACCUCUGAACACAUUCCAGAAGCAUCCUCGGAGAGGAGGAGCAGGUGAUCUCAGUGGGUUUGUGGAUAUUGCGACGAAUCACCUCACGUUUCGUUUGAAGGCUCCGGGAGAGCUGCAGCCGAGAGAAGAUUCGAUGACAUCACAAAAUGGUGCAAACACAAUGUCAGUUUGAGGAGGUAAUCUGAACGGAAACGUUUUCCUCUGAACCUCGCAGUCACACGAGUAAAAAUUGUCAUUUAGCCUCUCCUCUCCAGACGUGGCGUCGAUGUGGCUGCGUUAACCUGAGGUGGAUCCACGGAGGAAAUCUGAGGCAGGAAGCGGACAGGAACACUGCAGUGGGCAGGGUCAGCAUGUAGUUAAGCAGUUUAAAGGUACUUUUUGUAAAAUCCAGUUUAAGAUUUAAAGUUGAAAGGUGUCUAAAAUGAAGUGUCAGCGGCGUGAAGAAAAAAAGACCUGACUCAGAUGUACUUUAAUGUAAUACCAGUUUGUGCCACUAGAUGGAGCAGCCGGUUAGAGUAAACUUUAUUUAGAAGAGGUAAGACACAUUGGUGUGUUACAGUGACAGAAAUGCAGUAAGGACUAAAGAACACAUUUCAGCCCACUGAAUGGUGAGAAGCUGCCCCCUGCUGGUGGAAGGUUUAGUUUCAAAAAGCACCUUCGAUUUGAAGCUUUAGUUAAAGCAUUUCAGUUGACGGGGAACUGAAGGUGCCAGACUCCAUCUGCAGAAAUACAGAUUUUGCUGAUCUGACGAUUGAUCUGCUCAAUUGGUUCAUUUGGCGUUUAACCCUUUAAAACACGUAACGGUGUGACAGGAAAUGGCAUGCUGGGCAGUGAAAUGACUGUUUGCAUGUAACGGCAGGUAAAGCUGAGAAAAAGUCAAAACUGGGGGGGGGCGUGUCCACUGCCAUCUGCAUUUGAUCCCUCCCCAGGAAGUGUUUUAAUGUAUGUCAGCUAAAAUGAGUGACCUGUGUGCAGCGGUGCUCAGGUGGAUUGUCUCUCUGUAGCAAACAGUGUCAUUUUAACCAGAUGUUGAUCAAUAGGUUUGAUUGAUGUGCUCUGAUCAGCUGUAAUUGGCUCUUUAAGUCAAACCAGUUUCUGGUUCUUUCAGUUCCACCUUAAAAGCCCUCUGAGACCAAAACUGCCCCCUGCUGGUCUUGCAACCCAAACACAACUUCCUGUCUGUCCCUGGGGGUCAUUGUGGCAGUGUGGGCGGGGUCUCUGGAUCCUGACCCCGCCCAGCCGGCGCCAGCAGAGACUGAUUUCUUUUUUUUCUUUAUCUUCUUUUUUUUUUUUUUAACACUACAUUUCCUUUGUUUUUGAUUUUCAGGUUGUGUGCUGAACUUGUUUGUGUCUUAUAAGGUUCUCUAUAUAAAAAAAUGUCUUUGUAUCGCUGUCCUGUUCAAGCCCCACCCCCAUCCUCAUCCCGCCAAAACAGAACCACUCAUACUGUACCGCCUCCUCCCGUCAGGGUCCAAACCGGAGCACCUCCUUUUUUUUUUUUUAAAGCUUCUUUUAAGGUUUUAGAGCUUGCUGUCUUUCAGAUGAAAUCAGGAAAAGACGCCGAAAAUAAAAUGAUUUCUGAAGAAAAAGCCACGCCCAUUGCAGUUUUUACGAUUUUAGUCUGUCAAAGAAUAAAAACAAAGGUCACCGAGAGGCUUUUUAAAAUCAUUUCGUUUAAUCAACUGAUUGAACAGAAACAAUCUUUAAGCGCUUUCUUAAAUCGGUUGGCGUUUUGGCGUCAGAUUUCUAAUCGUGAUAUCAGAAGACAUGCCUUUUGACCCCCUCUGACCGUUGGCCUGUGAUUAGGCUUCAGAUGGCGUCAGGAGUGUCUGGUUUCUGUCGAUCUCGUGCUGAAUGGAUCAAGCCAAUCAGGUAAUCAUGUGAGAUCUUAAGCACCUGUCUGUCAGCGGUUUCUGGUUGGUCAGGUUGAGCAUGUGAGGCCUCUCACACGUGGCACUGUAGAGUUGGAUGUUUUUCAAGGACCUGCAGUCGACCAGUCAGAGCUUCAUGGUAGGCUGGGAUUGGCUUGACAUCACAUUCUGCAGCUCGCUCAGAACGCCGCCAUAAUUCGAACCAUUGAAACUUUCUGUGUUCAUCACUUUACUCAUGACAUCUCCAAAGGCAGAUAUUCGCCAUAGAUUUUAUGUUGGUGGAUUAUAUUGUGCAUCAUUACGAGGACUUAGAAUCAGAAUCAUGUUUCUGCAGUGACAUCAGUGGGACAUGGCCAUUGGAGCCCACUGCCUGGUUGGUUAUGUGGUGUUUAGCUCGGUCAUCGGCUGGUUCCUGGUUUCUCGUUUUUUGUAUUGUCAGUGGCCUCUUUAGCCUGACCGUCUUCAGACGCCGACAGAAACAUUGACAAACAGAAGAUCGAGCUUCUUGGAUAAAUUUCUCAGGACUGACAGUUGUGAGAAAAGAGCCGCUGCCUCGUCAGUGACAUUCUGGCAUCUGCAAACACCUUCCAGAAACACAAAGAUGGCAGUGGUUGACAGGAUGUAGAAAUAUUAGACGUGGUUUGAUCAAAGCUGUCAAAUUGACUCAGCCAAUAAGCUGGAUAGAGAUGGUUUCUGAUUGGCUGGAGCCACGGAGUGUCUGAACCUGGGAAAAAUCCCACCCCACUGGCCACUUGCCCUGUGAUUGGCUAAUGUAGGCUUUUAAUGGCUUUUUUUCAGUAUUUCCUGAUUAUUGGCAACUGAUUUGGUUCGCUAGUGGAGAUUAAUCUGUUUUUAGCACCCCCUGGAGGUGACGUGAGAUUAGAGCAGUAAAUGAUUGGAUCCGAGUAAAGUCUGAGCUGAAACUACUCAGUCAUCUGACCUCCUGGUGGCACUACAGCUUCAGUCUGAAUGUUUUCCUCCAAUGUCAUGGAAUCCUUUCCUUUUCGCCUCCUUGCUGCGUGUCAACGUGAUUUCAGGGUGUGUGUUUUUCUUCUGGAUGUUUUACAGACGAUCGAUAACCUGAAAUGAUUGAUCAGGAGCCCCACGUGACAGACAGGCGGAUAGCUCGUUGCCACAGUAACCCUCCUCUUUGUUUUUAGUUGGUCAAGCUUCAAUGCUAUAGUUAAUUUUUGUAUUUUAAUAAGAAAAGGAAACAGUGGUUUUAUGUAUUUGCAUGCACUCCGGCCGUACGUUCUUUCUCGCGUAUGUUUGAGCGCUGUAUAGUAGCUGUAAAGUAGCCGUCUGAGGUUAGAGCGAGCUCCACUUGGUAGAGACGCAGAGGGGAUGAAAACCAACAAGUGAAUUAUUUGAUGUAAUUACUGAUAUGGGAUCCUUAUUUUCUGAGUUCAUUUGUUUUCAUAAAUAAACACAUAAACUGAAA